AUGAUUCUGACGGACACUGGUGCUUCUGCACCUAGACCUGCACUUCCUGCACCUAGACCUGAACCUAGACCUGCACCCAGAGAUGCACUCCCUCCACCUGGAGAUGCACUUCCUGCACCUGGAGACGUAAUUCCUGCACCUGCAGGUGUGGUUCCUGCAUCUGCAGGCGUGGUUCCUGCAUCUGCAGGCGCGGUUCCUGUACCUAGAGGUUCUGGCCAUGCACCGGUGGUAUCAGACAUUUCACCUGAAGCUGGUGGUAGGUCUGAACCUGCUGAGCUUGAACUUGGAUCUGCUGAGCCUCCUGCACCUGAUAAGCCUGCUGCCCCUGAUGAGGCUGCGCCUGAUGAGCCUGCACCUGAUAAGCCUGCUGCACCUGAUGAGCCUGCACCUGAUGAGCCUGCUGCACCUGAUGAGCCUGCUGCACCUGCUGAGCCUGCUGCCCCUGUUGAGCCUGCCCCUGAUGAGGCUGCGCCUGAUGAGCCUGAACCUAAUCCGCUUGAAGGUGCAGCUGCACCAAAUGAACUUAAUGAGUCUGCAGCUGGUGCUUCUGCACCUCCUGCGCUGAAAAAAUCAAGAUCUCCUACUAACUUGCGAGUAGGUUUUGAUACGGCAGUGGCAGAAGAAGCCAUUCCGACAAUCAACACAAUAAGAAGAGUGGCAAUAAUGACAUGUUGA